AUGCGUUACGGGAUGCGGAUUCUCCAUCGCGGGACACCAGGCGACUACGUCGACCGGGGCCUCUUCAGCGUCGAGACCAUCUCCCUCCUCACAUGCCUCAAGCUGCGCUACCCGGACCGCGUGCAGCUCAUCCGCGGCAACCACGAGUCCCGUGCCGUCACCCAAACGUACGGGUUCUACACGGAAUGCGUGCGCAAGUACGGCUCGUCACACGUGUGGACGUAUUUCACAGACAUGUUCGAUUUCCUCACGCUCUCCGUCGUCAUCGACGACAAGAUCUUCUGUGUCCACGGCGGACUGUCGCCAUCAAUCCACUCCAUCGACCAGAUCAAAGUCGUCGACCGGUUUCGAGAAAUCCCACACGAGGGACCCAUGGCGGACCUCGUAUGGUCCGAUCCGGAUCCCGAGAAGGAGGACUUUGCCAUCUCGCCCCGCGGCGCGGGGUACACGUUCGGCUCGGGGGUGGUGUACAAGUUCCUCGAGACGAACGGGAUGUCGCACAUCCUGCGCGCACACCAGCUGUGCAUGGAGGGCUACGCGUCGCUCUUCGACAAGCACCUCUCGACGGUGUGGUCCGCGCCGAACUACUGCUACCGCUGCGGGAACUCGGCGAGCAUCCUCGAGGUCGGCCCCGGCGAGGCGAUGUACUUCAACGUCUUCCAGGCCGCACCCGAGAACGAGCGCGACGGCCCGAGCCAGCAGGCCGCGCAGAACGUGGGCGGGAAGCUCCCGGAAUAUUUCCUGUAA